AGGCGGUCCUAGAACGCACGAGGGUUAGAUUGACUUACGGAGGGCGAGAAGUUGCCCCGCGUGGGAUGCUUAUCCAAUCAAACAUACGGAUCAAUAACUUCUGGAGGACUCCCACACACCUGCCAUGACUGAAGAAGAUACCGUUUAGCUCUCGGAGACAUGGACGGGCACGAAGAGGAGAGACUGUGUGGGAAAUGGAGGGUUGCCUGCGGUUUGUACAGUUACAACCUGAGGGAUGUCUUCACGUGGCGUCUGCUGAAGACCAUCGUCAUGGGGCAGGUGUUGUCCCUGCUGAUCUGUGGGACGGCGGUGAGCUGUCAGUACCUGGCCGACGCCGGCGUGGAGACACCGAUGCUCCAGAGCUUCCUCAACUACGCCCUGCUGCUGCUCGUCUACACGACCAUCCUCAGCGCCCGCAAAGGUGAAAGAAACAUCCUGCAGAUUUUAAAAACCAAGUGGUGGAAGUAUCUGGUGAUGGGUCUGGCAGACGUGGAGGCGAACUACGCGGUUGUGAAGGCCUACCAGUUCACCACCCUGACCAGUAUACAGCUGCUGGACUGCUUCGUGAUCCCCGUGCUGAUGGUUCUCUCCUGGUUCUUCCUGAAGACCCGCUACAGGCUGGUCCACUUCGUCGCCGUGAUGGUGUGUUUGUUUGGGGUCGGCGCCAUGGUGGGAGCCGACAUCCUGGCCGGACGGAACCAGGGAUCCACCAGUGACGUGGUGCUAGGAGACGGUCUGGUCCUGCUCAGCGCCGUCCUCUACGCCGUGUCCAACGUGUGCCAAGAGUACACGGUGAAGAACCUGAGCCGAGUCGAGUUCCUGGGAAUGAUGGGACUCUUCGGGACCCUCAUCAGUGGCGUUCAGCUAGCUGUUCUGGAGACUCGUGCAGUGGCUGCGAUAAAGUGGGACUUUCACAUCGCGAUGCUGUUCGCGCUCUACGUCCUGUGUAUGUACGGACUGUACAGCUUCAUGCCCGUGGUGGUGAGGAUGACCAGCGCCACCGCGGUCAACCUCUCUCUGCUCACCGCCGACCUCUUCAGCCUCUUCUGCGGCCUCUUCCUCUUCCACUACACGUUUUCGACCCUGUACAUCAUCUCCUUCGUCGUCAUCACUUUGGGUUUCGUCAUGUUCAACGCCGUUCCAACGUACUCCGCCCUGCCGGAGUCCAGCUCCAGUGAGGACGACCCCGCCGCCACCGCCGACACGGCGGAGAGCUCCUCGGACCGCCUCCUGACCGCAGACGCUCGGUUGACGGAGACGCUCACAGAGGUCGCCGCGUUGUGACCGAAGAGAAAGAGACGGUUCCACGUUUGUUACAGAAGAAAUUUCACUUUGUUUUUGGUUCUCUGACAUCGUUUUACAUCAUUUGUGCUGGUUAAAGUUAAAAAAAGACCCUUUUUUUAUUCCUUUUUAUGUUUUUAAAGAUAUUUCUUUAUCAGAGGUGAUGAAUUAUGAUCUGUUACUGCACUUAUACGGACGUCAGUGUAUACAAUGCACCGAUAUGGCUGCUAUUUGAUUGUCCCGAAACCCUGAUCAGUUGUCACUUUUUUAUAUAUUAAUAUAUUUGAUAAUUUACAUCAGCAGUAUCAUUGUUAUUGUUAUUGUUGUUGUUGUUUUUAACCGCUCUGACAGACCUAUCACGAUAUUGUAUUUUCCUUUUGUUGCCAGACCUGCUGUUACUUCAUAUCCAGUAAAAUCAAAUGACUUUCUUUGCCAAAAGUAAAACCUUUUUUACGAUUAAAUUAAUUUUAUAUUA